GGGUGCAUUCUUUGCGAGGACAAUGCGAAAAUCUCUACGGAUACAGCGUAUUUUGUGAUUUUUCUGAUAUUUUCGAGAUAAGGUGUCGCAGAUUGCAUGUCGCCAUGGCUAAGAAAGCCCCUUUGAAACAAUCUUUUGAUCACACCUUAAAUCUUAUUGGUUGAGCAGGGACUGGCUGUUUGUUAGUAGAGUUAAAUUUACUUUAGCUGAAACCAUCAACACUAUUACAGGCCACAAGUCUUCAGCCCCCAAUCUCGGCCUUAAAGAAAGAAGACUAAAAGAUAGAAACGCCUGGUUAACUCGCUAAGGAGAACCAAAAUUUGGACUUGGGGGCGCGAGAUAAAAAAAGAAAUAAUUUUGCUGUAGAAUGCGUAAUACAGCGCGAUUUCACCCAGUGACCCGUUUCGCUUUCUUAGCUCUGUUUCUCACGACUGGAAUUGCUGAUGGACUAAGGAAUGAAUUGCCCGAAACAUUCGAAGCCGAAGUAGACGGACUCGCUGACUUAGAGAGAAACCAACGGUCUUUCCGAAGUUAUGAUGCCUACGGACCUAUAAGGAGGUCGAACAUUCAGCGUCACAUUCCAGACCAGAAUGACGAAAAUGUUUGCGUGCCAGCGUGCGCGCACGGCGGAACAUGUGUCAACAAAACGUGCGUCUGCCCCGCCGGGUGGACUGGAAUCGAUUGCACGCAGGAGGUCUGCUCGCCUGCAUGUUUGAAUAAUGGAAUAUGUCGAAGUGGAAAGUGCAUGUGCACAGCGGACUGGGAAGGAGACCAUUGUCAAACCCCUAAAUGCACCAAGAACUGUCAAAACGGAGCAGCUUGCGUGAACAAUCUUUGCGUUUGCUCCGGAGGCUGGGCAGGCGAUCUCUGCGACAGAGCUACUUGUGACCCGUAUUGUCAAAAUGGUGGAACUUGUGAUGCACCAAACGUCUGUGAUUGUACAGCGGGUUAUGACCGUGACACUAACUGCAAAAAAUCACUGUGUAAUCCUGACUGUGGUGUUGGCGGGAUUUGCGAGUACAACGCAACUGCGGGAAAACUAAUGUGCACAUGUCGACCUGGUUUCCAUGGCGAGGGAUGCGACCAUGUGAAUCCGUGUGAGAUGCCGCAUCAUGAGGGUGUUAGCGCGCAAUUUCUCGAUGAAACCUUCUACAUGCGAGACCACAACUUGCUGAGUUUCACGGGAAAUGCGGCCUCGACAAAUGCGUGUCUAAAAUAUCUUGAGGAAGUGGAUAAACAUUGCUCUUCAAAAAAUGCAACAUUCAACCAAGCAGAGUGCGAGAAUUAUUGCCUUCCUCUCGAGACCAACGACAUCUGCAAAAAGAUCUGGAAUCCAGUUGGGUACGGAAUCGCACCGGGCAUGGUUCAGCGUGCUAAUGAGUCGUUUUACUACGAGGCUGCGAGCAAGUCUUGCAAGCCUUUCCGCUCUCUGGGCUGCCUCGGAAAUGCUAACAACUUUGUCAGCGAACAGAGCUGUAAAGUCAAAUGCACCCUUGUUGCCCCGACAAACGUAGCACCACCGCCCAUCAUAGACGCACCUGGAAGUUGUUUUGUCAAUGGCAGAGAGCACUUCAACACAUUCGACAACACUGGCUACAGAUUCUCAGGUCCUUGUUCAUCAAUGCUUGUCUUGGACAGCGAAAACCCCGAGGAUUUCAAAGUGGUACUCAACGGUGAUCCCAGCUGCGAUAUCAAUAAUCCGUGUCAAAAGUCCUUAGACUUGAUUGUGGACGGUGUAAACGUACAUUUGGGUAGAAAGACUAACACAUCAUUUGUGGUGAAAGUGGAGGGUACACCCGUAGAUCUACCCCACACAACGGCGGCACCUUAUAUGAAAAAGAGUGGACGCUACGUUCUAGUGAAAACUCAGGACCACAUCAACAUUCUGUGGGACGGCCAACAAGAUGUUAUCAUCAAAGUCCCUGUAAGCUACAAACUCUCUAAAGACCAUAAGCUGGUCGGCUUGUGCGGUCUUUAUGACGGAAACAGCACCAAUGACUUCACUGACAUCCAGGGAAAUGUAUAUCUAAAUCCCACACAAGAGGAGAUCGACGCGUUUGCCGACAGCUUCAAGCAGAAGACCUCUUGCGAUAACAGCCUUGUUCUAGCGGUGCCCAAACGAACAACUGCAGAGGUACUCGCUAUUGAGCGCGACUGCAGUGUCAUCGAGAAUCCAGCAUUCCAGCCUUGUCACCAGCUGGCCGAUUACAAACCGUUUUUUGGGAUGUGUAUGUCAGAUAUGUACAAAACGAAUUACGCGAACAGGCAGGACGCCAUGUGCGACUCGCUCGCGCUGUACGCGCGCGUCUGUGCGUGGUACCACAACACGACGCUGAAGGGAUGGAGAACACCCGACCUUUGUCCUUUGCAGUGUCCUGCCGGGUUCGAGUACAACGAGUGUGGAUCGUCCUGUCCCCUGACGUGCCGAAAUAUUAACAGUGACAAGGCUAAGUGCAACUCUCCCUGUACUGAUGGCUGCCACUGUCCAGAAGGAAAGUGGCUGGAUGGUAGCGUGUGUGUGGAAAAGAGCCAGUGCUCUUGCUUGUAUCGAAAAGUCACAUACCCCAAUGGAGCAGUAAGGGCGGAUUCUUGCCAAACAUGCACCUGUAAUGGAGGCGAAUGGUUGUGUAAAAAGAAACCUUGCGCAGGUACUUGCUCCGUUAUCGGCGACCCUCACAUCACCACAUUUGACGGCAAGUCCUACACAAUGCACUUGAAGCAGUGCGCCUACGUGCUGUCCGAGCACUGCCACCUGCCUAAUGGAACAGACAGGGGCUUCUCCAUCACUAUUCGUAACAGGUACUGCUCAUCCUUGUAUUCACACUGCAGACGGGAGCUGCUCGUGAAUGUCACUGGGGAACCGUUCUUGAUUCUCGACGUCGAUGAUGACUCUAAGAAACCAACUGCGUCCAUUGAAACCGAACACGGCAGCACCACAAGCGUCACAAGGGACUACUCCACAGAAAAGAUGGACGUCGAGUUCUUGGGUGAUCGGAACAUCUUCAUUCACGUCGACUUACAGAACGGUGUAGCCUUUUCAGUCCACUGGACGGGAUAUAACACGUAUCUGACAGUGAACUCGACGUUGAAAGAUCAAACUUGUGGUCUCUGCGGCACGUUCAAUGACAUGAAAGAAGACGACUUCCACAUGCGCAGUAACGACGACAUAGUGACCAUCGAUGAGUUCGCACAGGAAUGGUUGGUCCCAGAUCGCUCCGUGGAAAAGUGCGCCACCGAGAGCGUGGUUAGUUCCAUUAACUACUGUGACAUCUAUCUGCAAAACAAAAACUGGACCCUGGAGCAGUGUAGCGUCAUCAAAGAUCCCAUCGGGCCUUUCGAGGACUGCCAUUCCGAAGUCAGUUACAAGGAGUACUACGACAAAUGUAUACAGGACGGCUGCCGCUGCGAGGGAUGCCUGUGCAACGUAAUUGCUGGAUACGCCAAGGAGUGUGCAAAGAAGGAUAUUAAUGUGAACGGUUGGCGGAAUUACGUCGCUCGCUGCGCUGAUGAGUUCAAGUGUGGAGCAGACAUGAUCCUUGAACAGUGCCACACACACAAGAAUGGCUCUGUAGCUUGUCCUCAAACUUGCGAGGAUUUGGAUCCCGAUCAAAAAGGAGACUGCGAGAGGCGCGGCUGCGUGGAAGCGUGCUACUGUAACGAUACCGACAUGGUUCUAAGAGGCGACAAAUGCGUGCAAAAAACCGACUGUCCGUGUUACUUUGAAGGAAAAGAAUACGAGAAAGGAUCUUCAAGAAUUGAAAAGUGCAACACUUGCACUUGCAAAGGAGCCGGACAGUGGGAAUGUACUGCACAGGACUGUGAUGCAUUGUGCGCCAGUGUUGGCAAAGUGUACUCUGACUGUGGUGUCACCUGCGACAACUUUCUGAUGAGUGACGUGGCACGAGCCUCGCGGUGCAAGCCGGGAUGCUUCUGUCCCGGCAAUCAACUGCUGCUUGAGAAUGGCACCUGCGUGGAAAAGAACGAGUGCGGCUGCAAGCACAAUAACAAGUUUUACCAGAAAGGCGACUCCAAUCCCGUCGACUGCUCAAAGACUUGUAACGGAGCACGAGAGUGGAUCUCAAACAGCUCGAUCGAUCCAUCACCGGAAUACGAGUGCGCUUCGUACGGUCAGGAUCAGUACCGAACAUUUGACGGUCGGUGGAUCGUCUUCCAUCAGGAACGCUGCGAGUUUACGAUGUUGGAGGGAGACGGGGUCAAGAUCUCCGUCAAAAACGAGCCUUGCAGAAACUCGCUUGAGUUACAGAUGUGCAAACGAGUUGGCAUCGAGUUGGAGGGAGGCGCCUCUUUCGUAGAUUUGUUUCAGAAAGAGUUCUCCAUCAUGCAUAAGCAAACUACAAAACAGUUCAAACCAGGAGAAUAUCCAGAACCGUGUCAAAUGGAGAUUCCUAAUGUGGAAAUCUUCCACGUCGGUUUGUUCCUCAUUGUCCGUAUUUAUCAGCCUAACAACCCGUUCUUUGUCAAAUUUGAGGUGCGAUUUGAUCAAGGGUCUCGUGUGUACGUCACACCGAACCCAACAUACAAAAAGUCCAAUAAGUUGACUGGUAUCUGCGGUAAUUUCAACGGACUCAGCCAGGACGACUUACUACUUCGUGAUAAGAACACAAUGGCCGCUGAUGACACCGAGUUUGGUUAUGAAUGGAGAGACGAAGAGGAUUGUCCCUACCCAGUGAGCCUUGACCCUUGUUUGGAGAAUCCUGAUCGGCAAGGCUGGGCUGAGAAAGGCUGUAAUGAGAUCAAGAGGAAUGCAAACUUCAAAGCUUGUCACGAUACCGUGGAUCCCGAACCUUACUUCCAGGCCUGUAAACAUGAAGCUUGUCUAUGCCACAAGGGAGGGGACUGUGCAUGCUUUUGUUCAGCGGUUGCGUCCUACGUGCGAGCCUGUAAUCAGUACGGAAUCUCGAUCACGUGGCGUCGGGAAGGGUUUUGCGAACUCCCCUGCUGUCGCCCUUGCGAAAACACCGGUGGCUACCUUGCCAACAUAAGUUUGCCAAGCACGUGCGAGAGGCCCCCCAAAGAUUGCCAGAAGUUAGGAGCAAGGUGUUGCCGUGGACCACGUGUUGAAGGAUGCUCUUGUCCAAUUGGCGCGUACUUUGAUGGCAAGAAAUGUGUCAAUCAAACUGAACAGUGUGAGAGGCCUUGCGUUACCACAACAGUUGUCACGCCUUCUUCGACUGUGUCUAGUUCAAGUAGCGUCAGCAUAAGUACUUCAACGUCCACUUCACUGAGUUCAAGCGUGUCAAGCAGUGUGUCCACAUCAACUUCAACCUCAGCAAGCGUGAGUACACCAACGACAACACUUUACUCGACAUACUCAAGUGCCAGCACAAGCAUUUCAUCAUCGACAUCGUUGAGUUCAAGUGUGUUAACAUCAACUACAACAAGUGUAUCGACAUCAGUCAGUACUAGUGUGUCAAGCAGCGUUUCCACAUCAACAUCGACAAGUAUCAGCUCAUCAAAAUCAACUUCGUUGAGUUCGAGUGUUUCCACCUCUGUUACAACAAGUAUAUCAACUUCAACGAGCACAAGCUUGUCGUCAUCUAAAUCAGCGACAACUACAUAUAAAUCAGUUUCUCAGAAGACUGCAGCCACCGUGUUCCCGUCUACCGUGGUAACAACAACAGGGACACAAUUCUCCAUCCCUACAACAAGUAGGAUACCGCCAAGUUUGAAGACGCCGACCCGAUCGUCGGCUUCAACUGUUUCAUCUUACAGUGCCAGUACCAGUGUUUCAACAUCGACAUCGUUGAGUUCAAGUGUGUCGACAUCUACUACAACAAGUGUAUCAACUUCAGUUAGCACUAGUUUGUCAAGCAGCGUCUCCACAUCACCCUCAACAAGUGUGAGUACUCCAACAACGACAGUCUACUCGACAUAUUCAAGUGCAAGUACAAGUGUAUCAACAUCCACUUCAUUGAGUUCAAGUGUGUCCACAUCAACUACAACAAGUGUAUCAACAUCAGUCAGCACUAGUGUGUCGAGCAGCGUCUCCACAUCAACGUCAACUUCAACAAGUGUGAGUACUCCCACGACAACGGUUUACUCGACAUAUUCAAGUGCAAGCACAAGUGUUUCAACAUCAACUUCAUUGAGUUCAAGUGUGUCGACAUCGACUUCAACAAGUGUAUCGACUUCCGUCAGCGCUAGUGUGUCAAGCAGUGUCUCCACGUCAACUUCAACCUCAACAUCAACCUCAACAAGUAUCAGUACUCCCACAACAACGGUUUACUCAACAUAUUCAAGUGCUAGUACAAGUAUUUCAACAUCCACUUCGCUGAGUUCAAGUGUGUCCACAUCUACCACAACUAGUGUAUCAACAUCAGUCAGUACUAGUGUAUCUAGCAGUUUGUCCACUUCAACAUCAACCUCUUCAAGUGUCUCCACUUCUACGCCAACCUCGACAAGUGUCAGUACGCCCACAACAACGCUUUACACGACAUAUUCAAGUGCCAGCACAAGUAUAUCAACAUCAACUUCAUUGAGUUCAAGUGCUUCGACAUCGACUACAAUAAGUGUAUCGACUUCCGUCAGCACUAGUGUGUCAAGCAGCGUCUCCACGUCAACUUCAACCUCAACAUCAACAAGUGUCAGUACACCCACAACAACGGUUUAUUCAACAUAUUCAAGUGCUAGUACAAGUAUUUCAACAUCCACUUCGCUGAGUUCAAGUGUGUCCACAUCUACCACAACUAGUGUAUCAACAUCAGUCAGUACUAGUGUAUCUAGCAGUUUGUCCACUUCAACAUCAACCUCUUCAAGUGUCUCCACUUCUACGUCAACCUCGACAAGUGUUAGUACUCCCACAACAACGGUUUACUCGACAUAUUCAAGUGCUAGCACAAGUAUUUCAGCGUCAACUUCAUUAAGUUCAAGUGUUUCAACAUCUACUACAACAAGUGUGUCAACAUCAGUCAGCACAAGUUUGUCGAGCAGCGUCUCCAAAUCAACUUCAACCUCAACAUCCACCUCAACAAGCAUCAGUACUCCAACAACAACAGUGUAUUCGACAUAUUCAAGUGCCAGCACAAGUGUUUCUACAUCGACAUCGUUGAGUUCAAGUGCGUCGACAUCAACUACAACAAGUGUAUCAACAUCAGUCAGUACUAGUGUGUCAAGCAGCGUCUCCACAUCAACUUCAACCGCAACAUCAACCUCAACAAGUGUCAGUACACCCACGACAACGGUUUAUUCAACAUAUUCAAGUGCUAGUACAAGUAUUUCAACAUCCACUUCGCUGAGUUCAAGUGUGUCCACAUCUACCACAACUAGUGUAUCAACAUCAGUCAGUACUAGUGUAUCUAGCAGUUUGUCCACUUCAACAUCAACCUCUUCAAGUGUCUCCACUUCUACGUCAACCUCGACAACAUCAGUCAGUACUAGUGUGUCAAGCAGCGUCUCCACGUCAACUUCAACCUCAACAUCAACCUCAACAAGUGUCAGUACACCCACGACAACGGUUUACUCGACGUUUUCAAGUGCUAGCACAAGUAUCUCAACAUCAACAUCGUUGAGUUCAAGUGUGUCGACAUCUACUACAACAAGUGUGUCAUCAUCAAUCAGCACUAGUGUAUCAAGUAGUGUUUCCACGUCAACCUCAACUUCAACCUCAAUAUCAACCUCAACAAGUAUCAGUACUCCAACAACAACGGUUUACUCAACAUAUUCAAGUGCAAGCACAAGUAUUUCAACAUCAACAUCUUUGAGUUCGAGUGUGUCGACAUCUACUACAAGUGUAUCAACAUCCGUCAGCACUAGUAUAUCAAGCAGUGCCUCCACUUCAAUCUCAACCUCAACCUCGACGAGUGUCAGUACUCCCACAACAACAGUGUACUCGACGUAUUCAAGUGUAAGCACAAGUGUGUCGACAUCCACGUCAUUGAGUUCAAGCGUGUCCACAUCUACGACAACAAGUAUAUCGACAUCAGUCAGCACUAGUGUGUCAAGCAGUGUGUCCACUUCAACAUCAACAUCAACCUCGACAUCAACCUCAACAAGUGUCAGUACUCCAACAACAACAGUGUACUCGACGUAUUCAAGUGCUAGCAAAAGUGUGUCGACAUCCACAUCAUUGAGUUCAAGUGUGUCAACAUCUACUACAACAAGUGUAUCAACAUCGGUCAGUACUAGUGUGAGUACAAGUGCGUCAACAUCCACUUCACUAAGUUCAAGUGUGUCAACGUCUACGAGCACAAGUGUAUCUACUAGUACAAGUUUGUCGUCAUCUAAAUCUGCGACAACUUCAUAUAAAUCGGUUUCUCAGAAAACCGCAGCCACCGUGUUCCCGUCUACCGUGGUGACAACAACUGGGACACAAUUCUCCAUUCCUACAACAAGUAGGAUACCACCAAGUUUGAAGCCGCCGGCACAAACGUCCAAACCAACUGUUUCAUCUUACACUUCAAUCUCCACAAGCACCAGUACAAGUACUUCAACUUCCACUUCAUUGAGUUCAAGUGUGUCAACAUCAGUCAGCACUAGUGUUUCUACCAGCGUCUCCACCUCAACCUCGACUUCAACAAGUGUCAGUACUCCAACAACAACGGUUUACUCGACAUAUUCGAGUGCCAGCACAAGUGUUUCAACAUCCACUUCAUUGAGUUCAAGUACGUCAACAUCUACUACAACUAGUGUGUCCACAUCAGUCAGCACUAGUGUGUCAAGCAGUGUCUCUACCUCCACUUCCACGUCCACCUCAACAAGUGUGAGUACUCCAACAACCACAGUGUACUCGACAUAUUCAAGUGCCAGCACGAGUGUUUCAACUUCUACUUCCUUGAGUUCAAGUUUGUCGACAUCAACUACAACUAGUGUAUCAACUUCAAUUAGUACCAGUGUCUCCACCUCCACCUCAACAAGCAUAAGUACAAGCACUUCAUCGUCAACCUCCCUCAGCUCAAGUGUGUCAACAUCUGUCACCACUAGUGUGUCAAGCAGUGUGUCCACAUCAACCUCAGCCAGUAUCAGUACUCCCACAACUACUGUUUAUUCGACAUAUUCAAGUGCCAGCACAAGUACCUCAACCUCCACGUCUUUGAGUUCAAGUGUUUCAAGAAGUACUUCAACAAGUGUUUCAACAUCCGUCAGCACAAGUGUGUCCACAUCAACUUCAACAAGUGUGAGUACUCCAACAACAACAGUUUACUCGACAUAUUCAAGUGCAAGCACAAGUGUUUCAACAACAACCUCAUUGAGUUCAAGUGUGUCGACCUCUACGACAACAAGUGUGUCAACAUCAGUCAGCACUAGUGUUUCAAGCAGUGUUUCAACAUCAACCUCUACUUCAACAAGUGUCAGUACUCCAACAACAACGGUUUACUCGACAUAUUCAAGUGCCAGUACAAGUACUUCAACAUCCACAUCUUUGAGUUCAAGUGUCUCAACAAGUACAUCAACAUCAGUCAGCACUAGUAUUUCUAGCAGUGUUUCUACAUCAACAUCAACAUCAACAAGUGUCAGUUCUACGUCAACAAGUGUGUCAACAUCAGUCAGCACUAGUGUAUCAAGCAGUGUCUCCACCUCAACGUCAACAUCAACAAGUGUCAGCACUCCAACAACAACAGUGUACUCCACAUAUUCAAGCGCAAGCACAAGUACCUCAACAUCCACUUCUUUGAGCUCAAGCGUGUCGACAAGUACAUCAACAUCAGUCACCACAAGUGUGUCAAGCAGUGUGUCCACCUCAACGUCGACAUCAACAAGUGUCAGUACUCCAACAACAACGGUUUACUCGACAUAUUCAAGCGCAAGCACAAGUAUUUCAACAACCACGUCACUGAGUUCAAGUGUGUCAACAUCUACUACAACAAGUGUAUCCACAUCAGUCACCACAAGUGUGUCAAGCAGUGUCUCCACUUCAACGUCAACCUCAACAAGUGUCAGUACUCCAACAACAACGGUGUACUCGACAUAUUCAAGCGCUAGUAGAAGCUCGUCUACACCUAUUUCAUGGAGUUUAGGCGUUUCCACGUCUACUACGACGAGUGUGUCUUCAUCGCUCAGCACUAGUGUCUCAAGCAGCGUGUCUACGUCAACAUCGGCAAGUGUCAGUACUCCAACAACAACAGUGUACUCGACAUAUUCAAGUGGCAGCACAAGUACAUCAACAUCCAGUUCGUUGAGUUCAAGUGUGUCAUCAUCAAUCAGCACUAGUUUAUCUAGCAGUGUCUCCACCUCAACAUCGACCUCAACGAGUGUCAGUACUCCAACAACAACGGUUUACUCGACCUAUUCAAGUGCCAGCACAAGUGUAUCAACAACAACUUCCAUAAGUUCAAGUGUGUCAACAUCUACGACAACAAGUGUGUCCACAUCAGUCAGCACUAGUGUAUCAAGUAGUGUGUCGACAUCAACUUCAAAAAGCGUCAGUACGUCAACUUCAACUUCAUUGAGUUCAAGUACCUCAACUUCUACCACGACAAGUGCGUCAACUUCUGUGACUACGAGUGUGUCAACCAGCACAAGCUUCUCGUCAUCUAAAUCACCGACGACUUCAUAUAAAUCAGUUUCUCAGAAGACCGCUGCCACCGUGUUCCCGUCUACCGUGGUGACAACUACAGGGACACAAUUCUCCAUUCCUACAACAAGUAGGAUACCACCAAGUUUGAAGACGCCGACACGGUCAUCCGCGUCAACAGUUUCAUCUAACAGUGCUAGUAGUGCAAGUACUUCAACAUCAACUUCACUGAGUUCAAGUGUGUCAACGAGCACAUCUACAUCAGUCAGUACUAGUGUGUCGAGUAGUACGUCCACAUCUACCUCAACGAGUGUCAGUACUCCAACAACAACAGUUUACUCGACAUAUUCAAGUGCAAGCACAAGUGUUUCAACAUCAACGUCAUUGAGUUCAAGUGUGUCUACAUCUACUACAACAAGUGUGUCCACAUCAGUCAGCACGAGUGUGUCAAGCAGUGUCUCGACCUCCACGUCCACGUCCACAUCUACAUCAACGAGUGUCAGUACUCCAACAACAACAGUGUACUCGACGUAUUCAAGUGCAAGCACAAGCGUUUCGACAUCCACGUCAUUGAGUACAAGCGUGUCCACAUCUACGACAACCAGUGUGUCCACAUCAGUUAGCACUAGUGUGUCAAGCAGUGUGUCCACCUCAACAUCAACAUCAAUAUCAACCUCAACGAGUGUCAGCACUCCAACAACAACAGUGUACUCCACAUAUUCAAGUGCCAGCACAAGUGUGUCGACAUCCACAUCAUCGAGUUCAAGUGUGUCAACAUCUCUUACGACAAGUGUAUCAACAUCAGUAAGCACGAGUGUGUCAAGCAGUGUGUCCACAUCAACAUCAACCUCAACGAGUGUGAGUACUCCCACAACAACAGUGUACUCGACGCAUUCAAGUGCAAGCACAAGUGUGUCGACAUCCACGUCAUCGAGCUCAAGCGUGUCCACAUCUACUACAACAAGUGUAUCAACGUCAGUAAGUACGAGCGUGUCAAGCAGUGUGUCCACAUCAACAUCAACCUCAACGAGUGUCAGUACUCCCACAACAACAGUGUACUCGACGUAUUCAAGUGCAAGCACAAGUGUGUCGACAUCCACGUCAUUGAGAUCAAGCGUGUCCACAUCUACAACAACAAGUGUAUCGACAUCAGUUAGCACUAGUGUGUCAAGCAGUGUGUCCACUUCAACAUCAACAUCAAUAUCAACCUCAACAAGUGUCAGUACUCCAACAACAACAUUGUACUCGACAUAUUCAAGUGCCAGCACUAGUGUUUCAACAUCAACAUCAUUGAGUUCAAGUGUGUCGACUUCUACUACAACAAGUGUGUCAACAUCAGUCAGCACUAGUGUGUCAAGCAGUGUUUCGACCUCAACGUCCACAUCUACGUCCAUAUCUACAUCAACGAGUCUCAGUACUCCAACAACAACAGUUUACUCGACAUUUUCAAGUGCUAGCACAAGUGUUUCAACAUCAACGUCAUCGAGUUCGAGUGUGUCCAGUUCUACUACAACAAGUGUGUCCACAUCAGUCAGCACUAGUGUGUCAAGUAGUGUCUCGGCCUCGACGUCCACGUCCACCUCAACUAGUGUCAGUACGCCAACAACAACAGCGUACUCGACAUAUUCAAGUGCAAGCACAAGCGUUUCGACAUCAACGUCGUUGAGUUCAAGUGUUUCCACAUCUACUACCACAAGUGUUUCCACAUCAGUUAGCACUAGUGUGUCAAGCAGUGUCUCCACCUCAACAUCCACGUCCACGUCUACAUCAACGAGUAUCAGUACUCCAACAACAACAGUGUACUCGACAUAUUCAAGUGCAAGCACAAGCGUUUCGGCAUCAACGUCAUUGAGUUCAAGUGUUUCCACAUCUAUUUCAACAAGUGUGUCCACAUCGGUCAGCACUAGUGUUUCAAGCAGUGUCUCGACCUCAGCAUCAACGAGUAUCAGUACUCCAACAACAACAGUUUACUCGACAUAUUCAAGUGCAAGCACAAGUGUUUCAACAUCAACGUCAUUGAGUUCAAGUGUGUCCACAUCUUCGACGGCAAGUGUUUCCACAUCGGUUUCCACUAGUGUGUCCACCUCAACGUCAACAAGUACGUCAACUUCGACUUCACUAAGUUCAAGUGUGUCUACGUCUGUUACUACGAGCGUUUCAACCAGUACAAGCUUGUCUUCAUCUAAAUCUGCGACGACCUCGUACAAAUCAGUUUCUCAGAAGACUGCAGCUACCGUGUUCCCGUCUACCGUGGUGACAACUACAGAGACACAGUUCUCCAUUCCUACAACAAGUAGAAUACCGCCAAGUUUGAAGACGCCGACACGAUCAUCCGCGUCAACUGUCUCAUCUUACAGCGCAUCUACGUCAACGUCAACUAGUACAAGUACAUCAACAUCAGUUAGCACAAGUGUGUCGAGCAGUGUGUCCACUUCAACAUCAACCUCAACGAGUGUCAGCACUCCAACGACAACAGUGUACUCGACAUAUUCAAGCGCUAGUACAAGUGUUUCAACAACGACUUCACUCAGUUCAAGUGUAUCAACAUCGACUACAACAAGUGUAUCAACAUCAGUCAGCACAAGUGUGUCAAGCAGUGUCUCCACAUCAACGUCAACCUCAACAGGUGUCAGUACUCCAACAACAACGGUUUACUCGACGUAUUCAAGUGCCAGCACAAGUACUUCAACAUCCACUUCUGUGAGUUCAAGUGUGUCAACAUCUACUACAACAAGUGUAUCAACAUCAGUUAGCACUAGUGUGUCCACAUCAACCUCAGCGAGUGUUAGUACCCCAACAACAACAGUAUACUCGACAUAUUCAAGUGCAAGCACAAGUACUUCAACAUCUACUUCGUUGAGUUCAAGUGUAUCAACGUCAAUCAGCACAAGUACCUCAACCAGUGUUUCCACAUCAACCUCAUCAAGUGUCAGUACUCCAACAACAACUGUUUACUCGACAUAUUCAAGUGCCAGCACCAGUACCUCAACGUCCACUUCUGUAAGUUCAAGUGGGUCAACAUCUACUACAACAAGUGUAUCAACAUCCGUUUCUACAACAGUAUCAACGUCUACUUCGACCAGCAGAUCACGCUCGAGCAGUUUGGUAACCACAGGCACCCCAACAGUGUCCACGUCUUCAAGUAUCUCUUCCUCGUAUUCUUCCUCAGUGAGUGUGUUCAGCACCAUCACUCCUACUCUGUCGUCCACUAUUUCGAUAUCCUCGAGUAUUUCUUCUUUCUGUCCUUCUUGUGUGUACAUAAACAGCAAAAACGAGACAGAAUAUCACGCGGUGGGCUCUUCUUGGACAGAUGGCAGCUGCAAGAGGUUGAAGUGCGAACUGUCUGUGAACCCGUGUUAUCCUUUGAACCAGAGUGCACAGAUCUACACUGAACACAUCUUCUGCGAUAAAUGCCCAGCGGGUUAUAUCCGUCCUCCUGCCAAUGACAAAGAAUGUUGUCCUCCAUGUGAACCCGGGCCUGAUUACAACAUCACCAUCAGUGGUACUUGCAAGCUAGAAAAGGUGAAGUUUGAUUAUAUCCGUACCAGAGACAACUGCACAUCGAAACUGAAGUAUCUGCACAAUAGGUGCAUGGGAAGUUGUGAUUCCUCUUCCAACGCGACUUACGGAGAAACUGGUGUGGAAACCUUCUGCUCUUGUUGCCAGCCGGCUUUGGGUCAACUCAGGACAGCAACUCUGACGUGCGAAAACGGCGAGACCCGCGUUACCAACUUCAUGGAGAUCAAGUCGUGCCGCUGUCGACAGUACAAGUGUAUUUCUGAGCCGGAUAAGGGCGGCAUGGAAGAAAUCAACGAGAAAGGGCAAACAGUGGAAAUUAAUCAGCAAGGUGUCGGUCGUCGACGACGUCGUUAAAUAGUCAGAUAGAUUUCGGGGAAAAACUGGGUUGUUAAAUAGACAGUAACUGCGUUAAAGUUAUUACCUUCUGAGAGGAAACAAAAUUACUAGCUUUGUGAAACGGGAGAAAUACAUGUUCAAAAUAAAUCAGUGUCCUGGAACUGACAAAUUGA